CCCCCGGGUGCUGCCGCGGCCGCUCUCGCGAGAGCCGGGCACGGGCGGGGCGCAGGCGGUGACUGACAGCCGCGGGGGCUCGGCGCUGUCGCCAUUGUGCUGCGGGGAGAGGCGGCUGGAUCGGCUCGGCUCGGCUCGGCGCGGCCGCCUGCGGGUCCGGCUCCUCCGGUGACCCUGGGUGCGCCGCCCGCGACAGGUACAAAAAAUGGAAUCUAAACCCUCAAGAAUUCCUCGGAGAAUCUCUCUUCAGGCCUCCAGCUCUCCAAUAGGAUCCCGACCAUUAACUGGAAACAGUUUAGGUGGGGCAUAUAGUGCAAGAGAAUCUUCACGGAGAUUAGACUCUGGAUACCAGGAAUCCACUGUAUUGAGUACUUCUGGUAGAGACUGGGGAAUUGGAGAAAGAGAGACCCAUGAAACUGCUUGGAAGCUUACAGCGUCCUCUCCAACUCACUACUCAGGGACACUUGAUCAUCCACGGUCUGGAAGAUUCUGGGGAAGCAGAAACAGACUGUCUACAUCUUCCUCCUCUCAUUUUACAUCUGGGUGUUACGGCGAGUCUGAGAGAACUCAGGGAGCAUAUUCAAGACUGCAUAACCAGCAGCGAGAUAGUGAUUCAAAGAGACCUAAGCUGUCCUGUACGCCUACCUCUUCUGUGAGAAAUAAUGGCUUGACUGCCUUUUCAGAUGCCUCUUGGAGGUAUAGUAGGAUUCCUAGAUCUUCAUCUGUGAUGCUCGGUUCUCUGGGAACUGAGCUGGUGAGAGAGCGAAGAGAGUUAGAAAGAAGAACAGAUAUGUCCAUUAAUGAUCUGGUGGAUCACAGUUACAGAAGCAAUGACUUGUCAUCUUCAACAUAUCUUCAGGAUAGGCCUGCCUCUUCAUAUGCAGAGGGAGCAAGACCAAAAGAGAAUUCAUUAAGCGCUUUGAGGCUGAAUGCAUCCAUGAACCAACAGUUGCCUUCUGAUCGUCAGCCAUCGUUUUUCAACAGAGACUCUAACAUAAGCUCUUCAAGAUCAAGCUAUUCUUCAAGGCAAAGGAGAAAUGAAAUGGAAUCACCCCAGAGGAGCAUGCAGCCAGCAUUUUCUCAUACUGCCAUUAGAGAAGAAAUUCCUUCCUCAAGUGGUUCUGAAAGGGUUUUAUCUUCUCAGAGGUCGUUAAAUGAGGCUGCAGCUGACAGUGAAGGGAGGCGCACAACCAGACAGCUGCUGUCUCGUUUAGCAUCUAGUAUGUCAUCUACAUUUUUCUCUCGAAGAUCUAGCCAGGAUUCAUUGCAUACAAGGUCAUUAGGCUCUGAAGAGUCAUCUGUUGUCCCAAGAGUUCAAGCUUCUAGUCUGUCUAGUGCUAAUGGAGCUACAACUCCAGAAACUCCAGGACUUCAGACAUCUGAAGCUUCUCAGGGAUUUAGUUUUCUUAGACGAAGAUGGGGUUUAUCAGGAAUUUCACAGAAUCUUAACUCUGAUUCGGACGGGGAAAGCUACAGACCAGACUCUGAAAGCAGGAGCACGGGAUCCUGGUUGUCAUCAUCUUUGAGGAACAGAUGUACACCUCUCUUCUCCAGAAGAAGGAGAGAAGGAAGAGACGAGUCUGCAAGGAUCUCCACCUCUGAUACAACUGCUAGAUCGCAACAUGUCUUCAGAAGAAGAGCGUCAGGUGAGGAGACCUCUCUAGAAGCAUCAGAUAGCCUGCCUCGGGCUUCUGUUAGCAGACCAUCAACACCUGCAGUAUCUGGCAUUUCUACAGCUACUGCCUCCCCACCAGAUUCAACCCACAGCAGGAGAAGUUCUGGAAUUCUGCCUGGUUCUCUCUUUCGCUUUGCAGUGCCUCCAACAUUAGGAAGCAGUCUGUCUGACAAUCUUAUGAUAACUGUAGAUAUUAUUCCCUCUGGCUGGAAUCAGUCUGAAGGACAAGAAAGUGAUAAGUCUAAAAUACCACCUUCAAGAGAUCCAGAAAGACUCCAGAAAAUUAAAGAAAGUCUGCUUUUAGAAGAUUCUGAAGAUGAAGAGGGUGACUUAUGUAGAAUCUGUCAGAUGUCAUCUGCAAGUUCUGACAACCUUUUAAUAGAGCCAUGCAAAUGCACUGGAAGUCUGCAGUAUGUUCACCAGGAGUGCAUGAAAAAAUGGCUGCAGUCCAAGAUUAAUUCAGGUUCUUCUUUGGAAGCAGUAACUACUUGUGAACUGUGUAAGGAGAAGUUACAUCUGAAUCUGGAAGACUUUGAUGUUCAUGAACUCUAUAGGGCACAUGCAAAUGAACAAGCAGACUAUGAAUUUAUCAGCUCUGGUCUCUACCUUGUAGUGUUGUUACACUUAUGUGAACAGCGCUUUUCUGAUAUGCUAGGAACUGCAAGUGAGGCCAGCACGCGUGUCAGACUUCUGAUGAUGAUUCUGAAGACUGAUGCUGGUGGAACUGUGUUGCAAGAGACAAAGAGAUGUGCUGCAGAAAUGCUGAACUGGCAAGAACAACAUCAACAUGCAUUUGUUUUUUGCUCUCCUUAGUAAAAAGUGCAUUGAAUAUUACUGUAGUUUUUGAAGCACUGUUAAAUUCAAAAUCAACUGCUGCACUGUGGAACUCAGUGGAUUUGAGAACUACUCAGCAUGUGCAAAGAUUAGAUAUAUGUGUGUAUAUGUAUAUAUAAGGCAACUUCCCUUUUUAAAUGAUGGGGAUGUGCUUCGUUUUGGGAGACAUCAGAUUUUGAAUAUUUAAGAAAGCUAUAUCUGUCUUUAUUUCCUUCUUACUGUAGUCACAUUUCUGGUUUUGUCUAUCCAGUUUUGCUCUCUACUGGCACUAAGUGGUUAUUGUGGGUUUUGGGGUAAGGGUGGGCAGGGAGGGAGGGGAUGUCCAUGUACCUAAAUAGCUUUUUUUUUCUUUCUUCUUUUUUUUUUUUUUUAAUGCCUCUUUUGUGGCCUCAUAUAGUAACUGAUUGCUUCCAGUGUUAAUGAACGAGCAGGAGGAUGAGCAAGGUACAGUAGAGACUGUUUGGUUUUCAGUUUAUUUGAAGAGUAUUAACUCAAAAAGCAAUAAGAACUUGCAGUGGUCUUCUAAUACAUAGUGUUAAUGAUGGCUUUUUUAUUUACCGGUUUGGAAGUUGGAGAUUAUAUUUGAUAUUACGUGGGUAUUCCACUAAGGAAUAUUGCAGGUGUAAAUUCUUGCAUUUCAGCAUUCCUGGCAGAUAUGCAACUCGAUAAAGACCUAAGCUUGUGUUAGUUCAAUCAGAUUUUUUUAUGUCCCACCUUCACUGUUCAAAGCACUGGUUAUCGAUGUGUUUUCUAGUGUUGUCACUUCUUUAUAAAUAAAGUAAAAAUGAGGUAUGCAUCUUCACUGGUAUUGUCCAUUUUGUUUAUACAUGGAUAUCUACCAGAACAUAUAUUUGAAAACUUGGAAAGCUGUUGUCUGUGGUUUAUCUUUACUAAUGUUUGUAAAUUCUUAUGCAAAUAUUUAAGAUUGUUUCUCAACAUUUUAAACUGAAAUGCUUUAUAUGAAUGGUGGUACAAUAAAUUGUCAUACAUGUAUCAGA